AUGGGUCCUGAAAUCGGCGCUGCAGAGCAGCUGACCGACGAGAUCACAUCCGUGUUGGCGCAGAUCCAGGCUUCAGCAGAGAGUGCAGACACGAGAGUCCGCUACUUCGGCCGGCUCAUUGAAGCUCAGCGCGCGGCGCUGGAAGCUCACGGCCUCCCCUCUUUCGCGGUCUUUGAGGAACUGUGUCGCAAAGCUCCAGAGGAAGAGGCAGCAGCCCUCAGUCGGUUGGCCCUGGCGCAAGACGCCUGGCGCCGGACCUUGGAGAAUUUGGAGGCAGAGGCCAACCGAAAGGCGCAAGUGCAGCUGCGACGCAACGACACUCCGCCGGAGUUCUCUCUGCCAAGUACCCGAGGGGACCGCGUCUCUCUGCAAGACAUUCUGGCCAAGAAGCCCAGGGGGGUUCUCCUCGUUUGGUUGCGCCACUUCGGCUGA